AUAAUGUACAUACCUCUAUCAUUCAUUUCAUUACCACAUUCAUUUCUUGAUAAUUUUGCAGCAUGUAAAGAAGAAGAAAGCCUAUAUUCUGUCGGUUAUCUACGCUUGUACAUAGAUGCAUACAUACAUGGAUCCUGAUAUCAUAACUCAAGCCUUAGAUGCGAUAAAUAAAAAGCUGAAAGAAGUCUCCGGGGCACAGCCGGAGUGCACAAUCUACAGAGUCCACAGACACUUACGCAAUGUGAACCCAAAGGCCUACGAGCCCGAGGUGAUCGCCAUCGGCCCUUAUCAUCGCUACAAUAAUAAUAACAAUAAAAAUAAUGAGCAUCUAAAGAUUAUGGAAGGCCACAAGCUGCGUUACCUGGAGCAGCUGCUUGACCCUAAUGAUCCACUGAAUGAUGUGAAAAGGUACGUAGCAGCUGUAGGCAGAGUGGAAGCAGAAGCAAGAAGAUGCUACGCAGAUCUGCCUGAAACCCUAACCCCGGCUGAGUUCAUUCAAAUGCUUGUGCUAGAUGGCUGCUUCAUCGUCCAACUAGUUCGCAAGUUUAAAGGUAAGAUGUUGACGGAGAGGAAUGAUCCCAUCUUCCAAAUGAACUGGAUGAUCAACAGCCUGCAGCGUGAUCUCAUGCUCUUCGAGAAUCAAUUGCCGUUCUUCGUCUUGUGCGAGCUCUACGACCUCAUCGAGGCACCUGACCAGCACUCUAGGUUCUGGUACCUUCUCUUCAGCUUCUUCGCCGAUCUCUAUCCUGGACAGGGCACCGAGCAAAUGCCGAAUGUAGAUCCUCGCCAGGUGAAACAUUUGCUACACUUCCUCCAUCAGAACUGGCUUCCUCCUCCCUGGUGCUCGGAUGGAGGAAACAGUCACGAGGUAAUAGAACCAGGCAAGAGGUUGCAGUUCAUCAGCAGCGCGACGAGGCUUAAGGAGGCUAACGUCAAGUUUGACAAGAGACAAGAAGGAAACACCUUGUUCGACGUCAGGUUCGAAGAAGGGGUGAUGAUAAUGGAGCCACUAAUCAUCGAAGACAGGACAGAGUCGUUCCUUCGGAACCUCAUCGCGUACGAGCAGUACUUUGAGCAUAAUCAAAACAACUUCGUCACUGAUUACGUCAAAUUCCUCGACUGCAUCAUUGAUUCCUCCACGGAUGUGGAGAUACUGUCGCGAAGAGGGAUCAUCAAAAACUGGCUAGGGGAUGAAGGGAAGGUGGCGGAGAUGGUGAACAAGCUGGGUGACUCUGUGGCUGGGCCGGGGAAUGGCUUCGUGUAUGCGAAGAUGUUUGAGGAUGUGCAUAGGCAUUGCGGAGAGCGCAAGAAUAAGUGGAUGGCUAACUUGAGACGUAAAUAUUUAUAUAGCCCUUGGGCUAUUGUUUCUGUUGUUGUUGGUCUAGUGCUGCUGCUUCUUACAAUCACGCAAACGUUGUUUACUAUAUUACAGGUUGUUUGAUGGAUGUUGGGAGUCAAUUAUCUCUCAGGGACAAGCGGAGAUAUUGCUCAAGGAUUAAGGCAAGGGUUGGUCUGGUGAAGAGUUUUCUUAAUUAAAGUGCACGUGUUGAUGUGAAUAGUUUUCUUAAUUAAAGUGUAAAUGUGUUGAUUGUUAAUUAUAUUGAUUGUAAUUUUAUUUGAUGAU